AUGGGAGUCCAAGUAUCAAAGAUUAUGGGAAAAAUAUUCGGAACGAAGGAGAUGAGGUUACUGAUGUUGGGAUUGGACGCGGCUGGCAAAACGAGUAAGCCCUCAAAUCACGUGCAAAAGGAGGAGGAGGACCCCACGCUGACAUUGUUACUAGCAAUACUCUACAAGCUCAAGCUUGAUCAAGAUGUUACAACGAUUCCGACAGUCGGUUUUAAUGUGGAAACGGUAACAUACAAGAACGUCAAGUUCAACGUUUGGGAUGUUGGUGGUCAGGACAAGAUUAGGCCUCUCUGGCGUCACUAUUUCUCCGGAACCCAAGGAUUGAUCUUCGUUAUCGACAGCCACGACCGUGAUCGGAUCGACGAGGCUCGACAGGAACUCCACAGGAUCAUCUCUGAUCGUGAAAUGAAGGAGUCCUUACUAUUGGUCUUCGCCAAUAAGCAAGACAUUCCUGGAUGCAUGCCCCCGUCGGAGGUUACUGAGAAGCUCCAGUUACACAAACUCAAAGAUAGAGUUUGGGUUGGCUAUCCAACAAUGUCAAAACACAAGCUCCCGCUCGCAAAUAAUCGGUAUCAACUUCCUCUUGUUCGUGAUCGGCAGAAAUCAACGGCAGCAAAAAGUUACCGAAAAGGCGCCGCAGAGGCAAAACCAGCAGACCUUUCUUUUAAAAGGUUGGUAUAUCUGCAUCAGCAAGGGGAAUGGUGUGCAUAA